AUGAAAAUAAGACGCACAAAAAUUCAAGCACAAUCGAUUACUGUAACAGCUGAAAGAUUAUCAGAUAAUUCUCGUAUAACAUUUACUAUAUCGUCUGAUAAAACAAUUGAACAUUUACGUUCUUUAUUAAAUCAUCAUUUACCACCAUAUAUACCGAAUAAAUUUUGUUUAUAUUCAUAUCAACGUGGUGCAUUAAUACAUUUUCAUCCACCAUCAUUCAAAUUAGAUUAUUUUCCUGUUAUAUUUGAUCAAUCUGUUCUAUUACUUAAAAUGGAUGAUCGAACUGUUAAUAAUAUUCAUAUAAAUAAUGAAAAAGAAUUACAUAAAGAAAUAAAAAGGUACAAAUUUUCGUUACUAAGAAAUCUUUUAUCGUCGACAGCUACGAAGAAUAAUGUUAAAAGACAAUCAUCAUCAACAACUGUUACAUGUUUAUCUAUAUUAAAACAAUUCUUUCAUCAAUCCUCCAAUUCGUCAAGAAUGAAUAUAGAUUAA